CUUAAUAAUUAAAGGAUUAAAGAGGGCUUAUCUAUUCUAAUAAACAGGAGGUGUUUGCCUGCCUCUCCUCACAUGGGGGCAGUAUUGGAUGUUGCAAGAUCAAUAUUACUGGCAUUUACACAAGCCUUGUAUUUGCAUUGUAAAUAUAUUAAAGUCAUGUAAAUGUUUGAUGUAAACAACAAAAUGAAAAAGCUUAGCUUUCACCAGGGGGACUAAUAUUUUUGUUUGAGGGCCAACCAUUUAUUUUUACUGUAUAUUUAUCAGCAGGUUUAAAAACUAAUCACAGCUUUUUUGCCUCUUCUUCACAGUGUCUGGCCUAAAUUCUGAGUUGUUUAUGUGACUUGAAUGGUGGAUUUUCGCAUUUUUGUCAGAGGGUAGUGGAGAUAAAAAUAGGAAACCAGGGAAGUCAGGUUACCGACAGAGGGCCAAGCACACCCCAAUGAUGUAACAGCAUCUCCCGUCUUACCACAGAUGGUUGAGAAAGGAAGACGUCUCACCCUGCAGCUUUUUCUUGUUACAGCAAUGGUCCUCACAGUCUCAGGCAGAUUACAGUUAUAUGUAAAAUGUUACAAAAAUAGAGAUAUUCAGUUUGGCAUGAUAUGCAACAGAGAAAAUCAGCAAAUUGUCACAUUGUCACUGAUCAUCAAAAUUAAUUUUCUCUUGUGACCAGGCUUUAAAUGACACAAUUGUUUCAGCACACUGUAAAAUACACUGCUCAAAAAUAUUAAGGGAACACUUAAUAGUCACAGUGUAACACCAAGUCAGUUAAUCUUCAGGGAUAUCAAUCUUUCCAUUUAGGAAGCACAAGUGAUUGUGAAUCAGUUUUCAGUUUUGCUUUGGUGCACGCGGUAGCCACAGACAGUUGCUCUCUCCUCAUCCUUCCUGACUGAUUCUUCUCUAGUUUUGUGUUCUGCUAGUGUCCUUGUCACUACUGGUAGCAUGAGGUGGUACCUGCAGUCCAAUUAGGUUGCACAGAUAGUCCAGCUCCUCCAGGAUGACAUAUCCAUAUGUGGGGUCGCAAGAAGGGUUGCUGUGUCUCCCAGCACAGUCUCAAGAGCAUGGAGGAGAUACCAUAUCCUUGGAGGAUUGCACAGACUUCUGUAUUAUAGCCAAUGGUACCCUGACAGCUGUUAGGUACCGGGAUGAAAUUCUCAGAGUGACUGUCAGACCUUACGCUCGUUCAUCAAGAUCUUAUGUGUGAUUUAAAUGUUCCCUUAUUUUUUUAGCAUUGUAAUUGACUGCACAUAUAGGCCUACUCUUUUGUCAUAAAACUGGGCCCAGUGAGUGACCCUGACCCUGGGAACCCACUGGUUGUCUGGUUGGUACUGGUUGUGAAAGUUAAAUUGUUGUACUACACUUAAUGUUACUGUAAUUUGAAGCAAUCUCUGGCAUAAGAAUUUCCUUUAGGAUAAAUAAAGUUCUAUUGAAUUGAAUUGAAAAUAAUGUAAUUUAUUGUGAAAUAUUACAGUUACAUAUUGUAACUUUCUGGAAUUAAUUUUCAGUGCAUGGGUCAAAUCACAUACAAGAUAAGUACCAUUGAAGGCUAAAGUCGUGGCGAUGAAUCUGGGCUGUCUUUCUGUAACUGAGUGACACAUCUUACUGUUGUAGACGAUCUUUGGCCACACACGCCCAGCCUCAGCACCAGCGCAUCCCUUCUCCACGGGGUUCUCCCCCCUCUGCCCGGACUAACAUUACCACGAAGCAUGAGAGGGAUGAGGCCUUCAUGAGUAGUACAAACACCACCGGACCUCGUUCUUCUUCUCCGGAGCUCGUUUGUCGCAGUCCGUUAUGUCUUUGAGCCUGCUUCCCCUCUCGCCAUGCCCGCCGCUGAUCGCUCCCUGCCGCCGCCGCAGCUGCUGCUGCUCCUUCUGCCGUCGUUGCUUUUGAUUUCGUGCCUGGAUGGGGUGGUGGGAGCAGCGGAGGAGGGCGGCGUCCUGCCCUCCUCUUCCUCGCCCGGGGACAAUGGCCUCAGCGCCGCGGUCGGAGACCCGUCUGCCACCGAACCGACAGCCCCGGGGCCAUCCCUGGGCCCCUCCGCUCUGAUAGAAGAGCCCCAGUUUGCCCUGAAGGUCCUGGUGAGGGAUCUCGUGACCCGUCAGCCUCUGCCGGGUGCUGUGGUGGACGUCUAUGUGAACCACACCCUGAGGAGCUCUGACAGGGCAGGGGAGAGAGGUGAGGUUCUGCUCUGGGUCGCAUACAGCCCAGGCCUCAGUCUGACUCUGCUGGGCACCAAGGAGGGCUACGUCCCCAGCCCCCUGCCCUGGAGCACUGCCAAGAGACCGAUUUUCUCUGCUGUCACAUUGCUGCUGCUCCCUCACAGUCAGGGGAACAUCUGGCUGUUUGAAGACUCAGUGCUCAUCACCAGGAAGUUACCUGACAGCUCAUCCCAACCCAAGGUGAAGUUCCCCAAGAACCUCCUCACAAUGUCUGAUAAGAGCAACGUCUCCUCGGUGACAGCAUACCUGACUGUACCACAGCACCACCUAGCGAAGGACUGUGCCAACUGCACUCCAGGUAUCAUCAGUAAAAAAUCAUUGCUCAGAAGUAUCGAGCUGAAGGCGGUGGCAGCCAUCAAUGUCCUGCUGUACUCUGGUGGUGAGGAGCUCCAGGUUCGUGGGCCCAUUCAAAUCAGCCUGCCCCUGGGACACAGCACGCACCUCAGGGCCUCUGACACCGUGCCAGCCUGGGCCUUUAACCUGAAGACUGGUGCCUGGGAGAAUCAGGGACUGGGAAUAGUGAAAAGAGUUGGCAACGAGCUGGUUUGGACAUACACUGCUUCCCAUCUGGGCUACUGGAUCGCUGCCCCCCUUCCCUCAUCAAAUGAUUACCUGGCACAUGGAAACUCCAUUGAUUUCAUAUCAUACCACACCUACCUGUUGAUGGGAAUACUGGGAGCAACGCUGGCAAUAGUGAUUGGAUUUCUUUCCUUGCUGCUGUGUCACUGCGGGAGAGGUUCUCAUCGAGAGCCCAGGCGGAGGAGAGCGCGCUUUUCCAAACUCACGGUGGUGAAAAAAGACCAAACCACCUCCACCCACAUGGAAGAGGGUUUGCUGUUCCGUUCUGGCGAGAACAGCCUCGCUUCCUGCAGCGUCCAGUGUGAACCCUCGUCCACGCCAAGGCACAAAGCCAACUACAACAUCUAUGUGGAGGAUCCAGGGAGUCGCCCAGCGGCUCCUCUUUAUGAGAACAUCGCUCUGGAUCGGAUCAAAGGUUCCCAGCCGCCGUCUCACUACAUCAACAGUGAGGAGGUGGCUCGGCUUCGGGAGAAGUCAGAGCAAGCCAACAUGAACUCUGACAACUUCUUUCAAGAUAAGCUGGUUCAUAUCUACAACCAGCCGGUGGCCAUUAUUCAGGCACCGGAGCUUUUCGGUGCUCAAGAGCAGCAUAAGUCUGCUACUUUCCCCCGCAACGGGGUGGAGUAUGAUGCUCACUCAGAGCCUCCAAGUAAAGACAGCUACACCCAGACACUACCCAAAGCUCCUCACCAUCACUCCCAAGGUGGAGGCAGCCCACGGCAGAGCAACCAAGAUGAGCCCCAGCCUCUGGAGACUCCUCCUCCAGGCCAAGGCCCUAACGCUGUCGUGUGGGGACGCUACAGUAACCUCCUGGAAUCCUCCGUCUCCGUGCCUGGGACUCUUAAUGAGGCAGCUGGUAUGGAGGCCUUCAGCGGCGGGCAUGGUGUACCCAGCGAGCUGCAGGGGAUUUCAGAGCGCACCUUGCUGGAGCUGACCCGGGGCAAGUCUCACCCCAGAGCCUGGUUUGUCUCCUUAGACGGGAAGCCCGCUGCCCAGGUUCGCCACUCCAUAAUUGAGCUCCAGACUCGCCACCGCCCACCAAGCAGCAACGACACUAGCCUGGACUCAGGGGUGGACAUGAACGAGCCCCAGCAGAAUAUUCGCGAGACAGAGCGCGACAGACCCUCGAUCAGGGCCUCCUCCCUGCCGCACCACAGCCGAGGGGGGCGUUACGGCGAAGAGCAGGACCUGAGCAGCAGCGAGAGUGGCACAACAGCCACCUGUACGCCAGAGGACCCUUACCUGAGGAACAUUUUAGACGGGAGCAGCGGGGCUAUCCCCAAUAUUCCCGAAGAGCGAGACGGAAUGGAUACAUCCAGUGCUCAGGAGGACAGCGAGUCAAGAGGUACGCCGCCUCCACGGCGCCUGAGGAAGGUGAGGGAGAAGGGGAAGACAGAAAAGAGGAGUGCCAAGCAUGUCCGCGAAGGGCGACCUCUGACCAAGCGGAGUUAGAGCACGGCUCAUUGCAAGCAUUUUUUCAUCAGUGCUUAAUUUCAAUGUCCCAUCAACCGUUUAACCCACAUUAUGCUACGGUGUCAUUAGUGCUGAGUGAUCCGAAUUAGUUUUUACCACUUGUGCUCACGCUGGCAUUGUUGUUGUUGAGUUUUGUGAUUGUACAACUUUGCCAAAGAAUGCUAUGCUCGAGAAACAAAGCAGGAUCUGUGUCACGUUGAAGCAUCAUGUAGCUGCUGUUAGACAAAUCUGUGCACCAUGUCCCCUCAUUCUCUGAAGAGAUCACCAGCGAGAUUCUUCACAGCAAAACGUCCAUGUGAACACGAUAUCCCAUAAUCCCCAGUACUGGCAUUAUAGAGGGUGCCUUCUUACUGCCUGUAAUCAUUAAAUAUGAUCACAGUAUUUGUCUAUAUUGAGUCAGAACCGGUGAGUUUGCAGGACGGACACAGAUACAGGUCUAUGUGUAGUGCACUUAUCCUCACCGUAAAUGCCUGCUGUAAAUUAAAUAAGAUAUUGAAGCUUUCCCGGUUUGCAGUGCUGACAUCUUGAUUUGAUCAUCCAGCCUCAUUUUACUUAAACAGACUCUGGGGUUCAUGAACGACUCAGUUAUGUCAUUAUUGGAAUCAGCUCUGUCAGAAAAAUUCACGUUUUUAACUCAUGACAUAAUUAUAUCGGAUUUGUUGACAACUAAUCUGACUCCAGUGAAUUUUGGAGUGAUGUACAUUGUAAAGCUAAGCUGCCAUUUUGAAGCUAUGACACCUGAUGUUCAAGGUUUGAAGCCUACAAUUAUUUUAGAAUGCAUGAAAAUGAAUGUCUCUUUGUGUGUAUGAAAAUGAUUUUACUGUAGAGCUAACGUUACAUCAUCGUAGCUGUUUGAUUACUUACUGAAUGGUUUGUUUCAUUGUCUAGUCUUGGAGGGAAACUCAGUGUUGUGCUGCCAACUGUAACUACUGGAAGGAACUUUUACAACAAUAAUAGACAGUGUGGGUAUUACAUUGUAAGAACCACACCUAAAUAUGCAGAAGCCCAGUAAAUCCAAUUUUAAACCACAUCCCAUAAAGUGUGGGAUGAUUCAGACUGCCUGUCUGAAGCAAUACGAUACAACAGCCUGAUGCAACAUUCAUAUGGAUCACAUAGACAGCAAACUGGAUAUCAUUUUAGUGAGGGAGAUAAGGACAGUAAAAUUAGAUGAGGCCAACAAAGAAUGCUGGUAAUGGUAGACGUCAUUGCUGUUCAAAGUUUAAAUAUUUCAACUUUUUGACGUCCUCAGCAAGGGCAUUUACAGGAUGUUACGUAGCUCCUUCACACAAGGUGAAAACACAAACAAAAUAUUAGAAUAAUUACAUAAAAAAAUAUUAUCAAUAUAUUUUAUUCCGUUCUCUGUAAACAAUACAGUUUUACCAUCCCAACCUACAAGUUUACAUGUUUGGUUUUACCAUCCUGCCAUUCUGUGAGACUCCUUGUUUUUCCUGUGCUGCCUAGAACGUGUUGUCCACCUGCUGUCUACCAUCUGUCUGAUUUCAUGUGAACACAGCAUUAAAAAGGAGUAAAUGCUGAUUGGUUGGAGGAUUGCUGUUUAAAAUAUUGUAAGUGUACAGGUGUGAGCGAACUAUUUGAUAUAUAUUUGCAAUAUUAAGGAGGCCAAAACCUUGUCUUUAGCCCCAAAAUGCAUUAUUUUCUUUUAAUCACAUACAGUGAAUUACCUUGUAAUUAUUUUCUUUACAACCUUAAUUUGGUGCCUUUCAUAACCUGUAUUACCAAGCCUCUUAGUACCUUGACAAAAACAUAUAAGGCUGUUUAUUCAUAACAUUGACGUUAAAAUUCCACAUCAACAUUUGAAUACUGUGCAGCUUCUUUCUUUACGUAUGUCCAAUCAUUUUGUUUACACACAGUAUUUCUGCACAGUUGCAGAUAAAGAUUAGGCUACACUUGUACUAUUAGUGUUGUACUAUUUGUCGAAUUAAAUUCCAGUGGUGGCUGCGUACGAUUGUUUCCGAGUCAUUUUAAACUUGUUACAGGGUGUCUACAGGUAUAAACAAGUUAAAUUUAAGACUUUUAAGACCUUUUUAAUGCCACUUAAAAUGAAAUGUAAGACUAAACUUGCGAUGGAAAUACACACUAAAAGCAAAAUAUACUCUGUCCAAGUAAGCACAUUGAUAUCAGUUCAGAAUGAACAGUAAAAAUGACUCUGAUGGUAGGCUACUUUCUGUGCUUACAGCUCUGCAUGUGCAAUUUCCACCACCCUGGUUCCCAUUUUACAUUUGAAACACCUUUGACAUACGGUAUAGUUUACCUCGUAAACAUUUCAGGGCACUGGAUUUAAUCACGAGUAUUCUUUUGAGCUUUUUGUCAUUUCACUUGCAUUUUCCCAUUGCUUGAAAGGUCUUAGUUUAAUGAUGCCUCAUUACAUAAGUGCAUUGAGGGGGCAAAAGUAGGGGUAUUGCACACAUACAGGUGUUGUGUAAGUCUGGUGCCCCGUCGAAUAGUAUUUCCCUCUUGUUAAAAUUAUGUUUCCUAUAGCAGCAACACCAAAAAUUAUAUCAGUGAUGUGACAAAAAAAAAUGAAGACCUAGUCAAUCUGAAUUUAAUUUAAUAGAGGAUAAAGGAUCCGCGGCCACCCUGCGUUAAGUCCAAAAGUCUUGUUUUUUGUUUUUUUUUUUUUACAAAAGGAGAAGAUGUGAUUUUGAAAAUUCCAAAUAUGUUUUUAUCUGACAAAAUAUUCUACUUCAGUCCAUAUUUGCUAGCAUUUAGCCUUUCAAAAACAACAUUUUUACUGGCUUCCGCUGCCGGAGGCACGCACCUGUAUUAACGGGGUGGUCUAGCAACAAGCUAACUGUACCAUAAAUUUAAAAAAAAAACUUAAAAAAAACUUACUUAUCAAAUGAGAUGAAUCACUUUGUACAAAUGAAGGAUUUUGUAAAAGGAUUUUUCUUAGGGUGAUGACAUCAUAAAAUAUGACAACAGACAUUCAAAGCUUUUGGAAAACAGUAGAAACUCUGAAUGUCAAAAAACAGAGAUUUGGAAUAGCCUUAAAAUAUAUUUGCUUCCUCACCAUAAAAAUUACUUUCUGUAUGUUGUUGUUUUGCUAUUAUUUAAGAAAGAAGGAUGGUGUUCUACUAAUUUUUCAACUGAAAGUUUUAAAAUUAAAUUUUGUAGACAUUCAGGAUGCCCAGAAAAUAAAUUGUUCGAAUUAUGGUGAUCCUUUUUCCACUAAUGCCACCAUGACGUCAACAUUUGUGGUUUUGUGUCAAAUGUUUCAACAACUAUUUUCAUCAUGAUCCCUUAAUAUUUCCAUCAUCAGGUCAAAAUUUUCUACACUUUGGUUUAACUUGUCCUGUACUUAUUGACAUCAGCUUUUGUCUUAAGUCAAAUAAAACAUAACUUUAUAUGUCCCCAUUUGUUACACUGGCACACAGCAUUCCCACAAACCUACCAAAUCUUGAGAGUGUAAAUACCACAACAGCAAUGGCAACAAUACCAAUACUGACAUCAUUGCCCAUCCAAGAUAAAGUCUGGCAAAACCUUCACCAAAAAUACCACAAAACAGUUUUACUAGCAAUAUUUACCAUAAAUUGAAAUGGAAGCUUUGCAGCAACAGUUUUGCCAUAUUUAGUCUUCCGUCAUAUUGUAAAUUUUUUCCCUGAUGAGGUCACUUUGUAUGUAGAAAGCUCCAUUCUGCAGCUCCAUUCAUAUCUUCUUUGUCUGUAUAUAGCAAAGCAACAUUUUAUGUAUCAUGUGGCUGUGAUUUAACUUAUUUUGUGCUGUUUUUCUUUCAUCUAAAAGUCUGAGAGGUGUGUCAGUGUAAUGGUCGAAUGACACGGUUUUUGAACCAGAGUCAUAUGAGAUAUAUUAAUAUUUUUUUUUAGGUUAGCCUGAGUCUUUUAAAGGGAGUGCACAACAAGCCCGAGCUUUGUAAUUUUAAAUGUAGCAGCAAGUUCAGCACUUAACCUUUCAGUAUGCUUACAAAUGAAACUACUUUCUCCCACUCGUCAUCAGCUUGAAGACACAGUACACCCCAGCUUAGACAGCAACGUGAGAAGUAGUUUGUGAACACUUUGUGCUGAUAAUUCCUGACAAGCAAAUCAAACCCAAUACCACUCCCGUUUCAGAGUGAUUUCGCUGAAUGUAUCUGUAUUGAUUUUAAUGUGUUUGAUAGUGUGCUCCUUUUGUGUCUAGCCAUUGAACCUCAUGGGCUUUUGUUUCUUGUUUGUUCCACCGUUUGUGUUUACCUCUGUAAUGAUGGUAGUAAUACUAGUCUUGCCUUUUUGUGCACUAAAUUAAUAAACUUAACUUGAUACCA